UUAAUGAUUUGAGUAAUAUAAUAUUUGAAUGGAUACCAUAUAACCAAUUUUAUGAUAUUAUCAAAGAUGAUUUUUCGACAAUUUAUUCAGCAAAAUGGAAGGAUGGCCCAUUAAGUUACAGUAUUGUUAAAAAGAAAUUAACUAGACAAUCAGAUAAAGAAGUCUCUUUAAAGUCAUUAUAUAACUCGAAAGAUAUUAAUGAUGAAUUUCUAAAUGAGGCUAAAGCAUAUUUAAUAAUGAAUUCUAAUUUCAUCCUUAAUAUAUAUGGGAUAUCUCAAGAUCCUAAAACAAAAGAUUAUAUUAUGGUUCUUGAAAGUAUAGCAGGUGAAAAUUUAAAUGAUUGGGUGAAUCAUAAUUAUAAAGAUUUUAAUUGGCCAAAUAAAAUACGCAUAUUAUUUUACAUCAUCCAAAGCCUUAAGGAAAUCCAUCAAAAACAGAUGAUCCAUCGUGAUUUUCAUACGGGAAAUAUGUUAAUUUCAACGAACAGUGUAGAUAAUUUUAAUAUAAUUAUUUCAAAUAUGGGAUCAUGUGGAGAAGUUGGAAAUACUGAUGAGACGAAAAUUUAUGGAGAUAUACGUUAUACAGCUCCUGAAGUAUUAAGUGGAAAAUCCUACACUCAAGCGGCAGAUAUAUAUAGUUUUGGUAUGAUUAUGUAUUAUGUAGUAACUGGAAACAACCCUCGUGAUGGAAUUAAACCAGAAAUAAUUGGACCAAAAGCACCAAAACGUUACAUUGAUUUAAUGGAAAAGUGCUUGGAUUUAAAUCCGGAUAUUAGACCAAAUGUUAAUGAAAUAGAAGAAUUAAUUAAUUUAUUGUGUUAUUCAUAUUUGGAUGGUGAAUCAGAUUUUAAAAGAGUUAUAAAA